AGCCUUAAUGCAACCAAUAUCGGAGCUUAAUCUAUUGGUAUUUUCAGCAUCUUUAAUUUUAACAAAAGCUUGAUUGUCGACAAAUAUUUAAAAUUCCAUUUGUUAUAUUUUAUAAGAAAACAUGAGUAAUUCUGUUUUUAUUCUUGAUAAUGGUGCUUACACAGCAAAAGUUGGUGUAGCCAGUGAGACACCUAAGUUAAUUCCGAAUUGUAUAAUGAAAGCAAAGAGUGAACGUCGUAGGCCUUUUAUAGGGAAUCAAAUCGAAGAAUGCAGAGAUGCUUCUGGACUGUUUUAUAUAUUACCCUUUCAAAAAGGUUAUUUAGUGAAUUGGGAUAUUCAAAAAACUGUAUGGGAUUAUAUAUUUUCAAAAGAAUCUUGUUCGGUUAAUUUAAGUCAACUAUCUGCAAUAGUAACUGAACCAAUAUUUAAUUUUCCAAGUAUUCAAGAAGCUAUGACAGAAAUCUUCUUUGAAGAAUACGAGUGUCACAGUCUUCUGAGGAUAAAUGCAGCGAGUCUCUCAUGUUAUAAUUAUAAAGCAGAAUAUCCUACUACAAAAUGCUGUAUAAUAGUUGAUAGUGGCUAUAGUUUUACACAUGUGAUCCCAUAUAUUAAUGAUACAAAAGUAAAGGAUGGAAUACGAAGAAUAGAUGUAGGUGGCAAACUUUUAACAAAUCAUUUGAAAGAGAUAAUAUCUUAUCGUCAGCUGCAUGUUAUGGAUGAAACAUAUGUAAUUAAUCAAGUGAAAGAAGAUUGUUGUUUUAUAUCCCAAGAUUUUUUUAAAGACAUGGAACAAGCCAAACAUAAAUUAGAGAAUAAUUCCAUUGUUAAAGAUUAUGUUUUGCCAGAUUAUACAACUCUACGUCGUGGAUAUCUUAAAGAUCCAGGACCGUCUAAUGAGCAACAAACAUUACGUUUGAGUAAUGAGAGAUUUGCAAUACCAGAAAUAUUAUUUCAUCCAUCGGAUGUUGGUAUCCGACAAAUGGGUAUUCCUGAAGCUAUUAUGGAUUCGAUAAAGUCUUGUAAUGAAGAAACAUGGCCCCAUUUAUUAUCCAAUAUUGUUUUAACUGGUGGCAAUGCAAAUUUCUCAGGAUUUAGAGAUAGAAUUUAUAAAGAAGUUAGGAGUUUAGCUCCAGCAGAAUAUUCUGUGAAUGUCUAUUUACCACAAAAUCCAAUUACUUAUGCAUGGUUCGGUGGGAAACAACUUUCUCAAAAUACAAUAUUUCCUAAUCUUGUAGUGACGAGAGAGGAGUAUGAAGAAGAGGGACCAUCAGUAUGUUUUGAAAAAUUUGACAUAUAAUUCCUUUUUUGUUAUACAAUAUUAAU